CAUAGAACCAAAUAGAUAAGAAUUCCGAAGUCUUCUCUCGCAGACAUCUGUAGAUCCAACACUGCUAAUAGCUCAGUCCUAGCCAUGAAGAUUCUGUUUGGUAUCGUUCUCAUUGCUCUAGUCGCAUUAUGUCAGGCGUUUUUACUGGACAAAAGCGAGUGUACGUCCAACAGUGACUGUCAGGCUUCUCAGUGUUGUGUGUCCGACUUCCACGGUCAUUACUGCGCUUACUACCAGAACAGCACUGACCCAUGUCAUCGCCCUGGACACCAUGCGUAUGUCUACAAGUGUGGCUGUGCCCCAGGUCUGAUGUGUGAACACAUCCAUCUUGAUCACGGUACCGCCUCCCCGUCCUCUGACCCAAUCACGUCUAUAGAAGGUGCUAUAGAGAACGCUGGUCUGGGUUUCUGUUCCUCCUCGUCACCUUAAGUCUGCAGUCUUAAAACAUAAACUUAUGUGUUAUAGAAUACAUGCUGUAUUUCAUUAAAAUCGUACUGAAAUUUCGUAUUUUCAUCGUGGUUAUAUCAGUUUAAUAAACGCGUCAUUAGUGACGUCACUGACACACGUCAUUAGUGACAUCACCGACACAUGAUCUUGUUGUAAUCCCGACAUUAGUGACGUCAUUGAUACAUGUCAUGGGUUUCCGAAAUUCGAAUCAUUUUGUAUUUUGAAUUUACUUUUUCCGUCUUAAUAAAUAUGAAUGUGUG